AUGGAGUCUGGAAUAAUCUUUUCUAUAAUUGCCUUGGCAUCUGGAUCCUUUUAUCAGGGCAUACUUUGUUUUUCCACUUCUGUGCCCAGUGAUCCUGAUACACAUGAAGAUUUCAGACCCACGACUAAAGUCGAGACUUCUGAAAUCUCCUUGAAGGUCAUUGUUGAGCAGGAUAUUAAAGAAAACCCAGUGAUGAUAUACAUGAAAGGUGUGCCAGAAGCUCCUCGAUGUGGAUUCAGUGCACUAGCAGUGAGGGUCUUGAGAGAAUAUAAUGUUCCUAUUGCUUCAAGAAAUAUAUUAGAAGACCUUGAGAUAAAGAAUGCUGUGAAAUCCUUCAGCCACUGGCCGACAUUCCCACAAAUAUACAUCAAUGGGGAUUUUGUUGGGGGAUCUGAUAUCAUUCUUAGCAUGCACGAGACUGGUGAACUGAAGGAGAUCCUGAAAGCCGAUGCAGAAAAACAGCAACAAAACAGAUUUAUACGCAGUUGCUGGAUGAAUAGGAUGAUCCUCUAAAUAAUGAAACUAUGGCAUUGUCGAAUAGUUAAAUCAGAUUUAUAUCGGAAAAUGAUUUGUAACAAAAAUAAAAGGUGCAGAGUCAUUCAUGGUAUGGUAACAACUAACGAUGUUUUGUCAAGGUAGGACAGUAAAUUAAUGUUUUAUUUAGAACUUAGUAUUUGUCUAUGUAUAAGAAUCAAUAAAAUAUACUUGUACAAAGUAUGUUUCAAAUGUUCAUCUUGAGCGUCAGCA